AUGGACAACCCCUCAGGAUUGGCCGAUGAUGCUUCGGUGGUUGCGGAUUUAGAUGAUCAUACGACCGAUAAUUUGGGAAGACCGAGACCGCGCCGACAUGACGACGAAGAUGACGGGUCCGAUAUCUUGGAAGAUGAUGACUUGGAGAGCACUGUAGGUGGCCCGGUUAAUGGAAACCACAGGGGCCAGGGAUAUGCUGAGGAGGAGAAAGAGUUGCCCGCUCAUGCUUGCGCAUACUGCGGUAUUCAUAAUCCGAGCAGUGUGGUGAAGUGUCUCUCCUGUAACAAGUGGUUCUGCAGCGCUCGUGGAAAUACCUCUUCCUCUCACAUUGUCAACCAUCUCGUCAGAGCUCGUCACAAGGAGGUUCAGCUGCACCCCGCUUCAUCUCUUGGUGAUACCAUCUUGGAAUGCUAUAACUGUGGUACAAAGAACGUUUUCCUCCUUGGUUUUAUUCCCGCGAAAUCGGACACCGUCGUGGUGCUUUUGUGCCGACAGCCGUGUGCGGCCAUGCCUUCUUCCAAAGACAUGAACUGGGAUACAUCGCGUUGGCAGCCACUCAUUGAGGACCGCUCAUUUUUGCCAUGGCUUGUGGGUGCUCCUACCGACCAAGAACAGCUCCGGGCUCGUCACCUUAGCCCUCAGCUGAUCGCGAAGCUCGAGGAGAUGUGGAAAGAGAAUUCCAAUGCCACUUUGCAGGAUCUAGAGAAAGCCACGGCUGUCGAUGACGAGCCAGCACCCGUUCUUCUUCGUUAUGAUGAUGCCUUUCAAUACCAAAAUAUCUUUGGACCCCUUGUAAAAAUCGAGGCUGAUUACGAUCGGAAAUUGAAAGAGUCUCAAUCACAGGAUGGGCUUAUCGUGCGGUGGGACUUAGGUCUCAACAAUAAACAUCUCGCAAGUUUCAUUCUUCCUAAGCUGGAGCUUGGUGAUGUUAAGUUGGCCGUAGGUGAUGAGAUGCGGUUGAAGUACACUGGUGAACUUCGCUCCAAGUGGGAGGGCGUGGGUUAUGUCAUGAAGAUCCCGAACAACCAGUCUGAUGAGGUUACUAUUGAGUUGCGCUCCAAGGGUGACCACAAGUCUGUCCCUACAGAAUGCACGCACAACUUCACUGCAGACUACGUUUGGAAAUCUACUUCUUUCGACCGUAUGCAGCUCGCCAUGAAGACCUUUGCGGUGGAUGAGAUGAGUGUCUCCGGCUACAUCUUCCACCGUCUCCUUGGUCAUGAGGUUGCAGCAGCUCCCAUGAAGACUCAAAUCCCUAAGAAAUUCAGUGUUCCUGGCUUGCCUGACCUGAAUGGCAGUCAGAUCAAUGCUGUCAAGAGUGUACUUCAAAGGCCCCUCAGCCUGAUUCAAGGUCCCCCAGGAACAGGUAAAACCGUGACCUCGGCUACAAUUAUCUACCAUCUUGCCAAAAUCAAUGGUGGCCAGGUCCUGGUUUGUGCUCCUUCCAACGUUGCGGUCGACCAACUCUGUGAGCGUAUCCACCUGACUGGCCUCAAGACUGUUCGAGUAACUGCCAAGUCUCGAGAGGAUGUGGAAUCCCCCGUUGGAUUCCUUUCCUUGCAUGAGCAAGUUCGCAUGAAUGAUAGCAACGUCGAAUUAGCCAAGCUUAAUCAGCUGAAGGCAGAACUUGGCGAGCUGUCCAGCCAGGAUGAGAAGCGCCUGAAGCAGUUGACACGUGCAGCCGAGCGCGAGAUCUUGACCAAUGCGGAUGUUAUCUGCUGCACUUGUGUUGGUGCAGGUGAUCCACGUCUCGCCAAGUUCAAAUUCCGAACUGUUCUUAUUGACGAAUCCACUCAAUCUGCGGAGCCUGAGUGCAUGAUUCCCUUGGUUCUUGGCUGCAAGCAGGUUGUGCUUGUUGGUGAUCAUCAGCAGCUGGGACCAGUUAUCAUGAACAAGAAGGCUGCCAAGGCUGGUCUCAAUCAGUCGCUUUUUGAACGACUUGUCAUCCUGGGCUGCUCUCCAAUCCGUCUGAACGUGCAGUACCGUAUGCACCCUUGUCUUUCCGAGUUCCCCUCGAAUAUGUUUUACGAAGGAUCCUUGCAGAACGGUAUCACUAUUGCAGACCGUCUUCGCCGCGAUGUCGACUUCCCAUGGCCCAUGAUGGAUGACCCCAUGAUGUUCUGGUCUAACCUUGGCAAUGAGGAGAUUUCAGCAUCUGGAACCUCGUACCUGAAUCGCACGGAAGCCACUAAUGUUGAAAAGAUUGUCACUCGCUUCUUCAAGGCUGGUGUGCAGCCUACGGGUAUCGGUAUCAUUACUCCGUACGAGGGUCAGCGAAGCUACAUUGUCAGUUCCAUGCAGGCAAACGGCACCUUCAAGAAGGAACACUACAAGGAAAUUGAAGUUGCGUCCGUGGACGCGUUCCAGGGCCGUGAAAAGGACUACAUCAUUCUCUCUUGUGUGCGUUCCAACGACCACCAGGGUAUCGGUUUCUUGAGUGAUCCUCGCCGUCUUAACGUUGCCCUUACCCGAGCUCGAUACGGUCUUGUCAUCCUCGGUAACCCUAAGGUGCUUUCCAAACAUCCUCUAUGGAAUUGCCUUCUCCAGCACUUCAAGGAACGCCACUGUCUUGUGGAAGGACCUCUAUCUAACCUGCAAGAGUCCCUGAUUCAGUUCAGCCGUCCGAAGCAAGCCUACCGUGGUCCUCAACGAUUCCAGAUGAAUUUCAACCAAGCAUCCAAUGCCAACAACAAUGGCGCCAUGAACGGCCGCAAUGGACAUCGUGUUGACUUCCAAGACUCAGGUUCCAUGGUUGGGUACAUUCCUGACGAUGUUUCUUCUGUUCAUUCAUCUGCCCUUGGCGGUGGCGGUGGUGGAGUUGGGCUUCCUUCUGGAUAUCCACCCAUGUUCCAGAACUUCCAGGAUUCCUGGCCUUCUCUCUCCGGUGGUCGUCGUCCUAAUGGCGGCCGUGCUAAGGGUGCUCCAAGUGUUGCUGGUGAAUCUGUUGCUGCUACCGAAUCUGAUGUUACCGGAAGCAUUAUUGAUGGACGUAGCGUUGACCAGGGUGGUGUGAGUCUCACUGGCUUGAGCAUCAACGACAUGAACAAGCAGCCUAGCCUUAGCCAGUCUGAUCGUCUGAAGCGUUACGUGGAGUCCGGUGGCCGCGAACCCUACCGCGCAGGAGUCCCCGAUAGUGGCAGCAUCUUUGGUGGCAGUUCUGCUAGCAUUCGCGUCACUCGUGGUGUUCCCGGUCAACACUUGCAUGACGAUGAUGACGCCCGCAGUGUUUCCACUGCCUUUGCUAGCCAGAUCGGCGGUAACUACGACUGA